ACUGUGACACGCCCAAGAGAAAAAAGCUGGGCACAGACUUCAGGAAGGAGUGGUCCUCGCAGGAUUCGGUGUCUUCGGAGUGCUCUCAGGAUUCGGUGUCUUCGGAGUCGGCCGACUCAGGUAUUGGUCCAGAUUCACCCAGAGGUCCAGAUGCAGAAAUAUUUGAAGAUGUGUUUGAGAGGGCGAUGCUGGAGUCUCGGAGAGUCCUCAGAAGUGAAUCUCUUCCUAUCAGAAGAAUCCAGUCCUUGCCGGUGAGGCUUCUGGGUGCCAGCCCAACGCUGAGGAACAUCUCCAACGCCAUGGAGUUCCGUGGCUCCGCGGUCCCUGAGAGGGAGUCGAGGCUCAAAGGCCAUGUGGAGAAUGAAGGUGCCGUCUUCAAGAAACCCUUGCAACCCACAAGCAGGCUGUCCUUUGGAGACAAAGACCGUUUCGCACAGAGACCCAGUUCUGCUCCAGAUCUCAUGCUUUGCAGUCCCGACAAGGAGAACGUCGGCCCGGAGUUUGCAAGCCCUGUCUGCCUCCGACGCUCCUCACUGACAUCCUUCAUGACCGACGAGGACGAUGGCUUUAUGGAAAUCCUGGAUGAAGAGGAGCUGAAGAGUGAUGCAGGCGUCCCUUUAGGUAUGGAGAACUUGCUGAUGGCUCCACUGGUGAGAAAAGAGGAGGAGGAGUCUGCACAGACCCCACUGGGUACCAGCAGAGGCUGCCGCCUUUUCCGCUCUCCGUCCAUGCCGACCAGCGUCAUCCGGCCCGUCCUGAAGCGGCUGGACCGGCCGCAGGACAAAGAGAGAGAUACGCCGGUGAAAACCAAGAGGCGGAAGAGUCUGGCUGGGAACACCAUCGCUGAGAAGGCGGAAGAGCCGAAGCCACGUCUCGUCCGCUCUCGCUCCUGCUGCCCCAGCGAGAUUGCAAACAUUCUGGACAACGACCACCGGGAGCUGAUUGGAGACUUCUCGAAGGCGUAUCUUCUGCAGACGGUAGAAGGCAAGCAUCAGGAUCUCAAGUACAUCUCUCCUGAAAUGAUGGUGGCGGUGUUGAGCGGCCAGUUCAGCAACCUCAUUGAGAACUGUGUGAUCGUGGACUGCAGGUACCCCUACGAAUACGAAGGGGGUCACAUCAAGGGGGCUGUUAACCUUCCGCUGGAGAAAGAUGUGGAAGAGUUCCUUCUCAAGAAGCCCAUUGUGCCGUUUGACUCGACCAAGAGGGUGAUUGUGGUCUUCCACUGCGAGUUCUCCUCUGAGAGGGGCCCUCGGAUGUGUCGCUUUGUGAGGGAAAAAGACCGCGCGUGCAACGAUUAUCCGUCUUUGCACUAUCCUGAGCUGUACGUCUUGAAAGGAGGCUAUAAAGAAUUUUUCCCCCAAUAUCGAGGACACUGCGAACCCCAGAACUACCGCCCGAUGCACCACAAGGACUUCAAGGAGGACCUGCGGACCUUCCGCCUGAAGAGCCGCACGUGGGCUGGAGAGAAGAGCAAGCGAGAACUCUACAGUCGUCUCAAGAAUCUCUGAAGCCCCCCGAGGGGGCAGGCAGGCGGCCGGCCGGCCAGCAGGGGAUGGGGUUGGGUGGGAGAGGGAUUGGGGGGGGAGGGAGGAAGACUCCAGAGGCGGACUUUACUGCUUCACACGGACAGAAGACGUGCUCCAUCUUGCUGCCCCCACCCCAAACAGAUCCACAACAGGCUUCGACAGGCCAGACAAAGAACAGAACCCUUUUCUCUUCUGAUGGUGCUUUGCUCCUUUUCCCCGGAGACGAUGGUCUUCCUGCUGCUGCUCUGACAGGCAUGACCCCCUCCGGCUCCAGCAGGCUGGAAAUCCACCCUGAGGCUGUCAACCCGUCCUCUGGCUCGGUCUCCUCCUUUCCUCGGAGUCUCAGGACCAACUCGGAAGCCCUUCAGGGCAGGACACACCGGUGGGGGAAAUGGCCUUCGGGCUUCACAAGGAACCUCGGUGGGCAAGCUACAUGAGAGCGAUGUACGUGCGCGCGUGUGUUUGUCAUCUGGAAUCCAGUUGUGCUGGAAAAUGACCGAGGGAAGUUGGAGUUGGAAAAUUGCAUUGAAAAUCCAAUUUUUAUUAUUAUUAUUAUUUUGAAUGCCCUUGGGCCUUUGCCCCAGCCCAGAUGUUCUUAAACAAGAGGGGAAGAGUUCUGGUAAGACGGAUGCUGUUGUGCCUAGAGAAGAGCAAAGAUAAAGUCCUUGGGAUCAGAGAUGAAAAGGGGGGGGGCGGUUUAAGAUUCGCGUUCAAAAAAGUGGAUGUCUUGGGGGAAUCCUUAAGAGAUGGGCUGUGAAGAUAAUGGGGACGGGUGGAUUUGGCCGGCAAAGGAAUAUCUUUGGAAUGUGAGAGGAAUUUGCCAUCUUUUGUCUUUUCCUUUCCAUUACUUUUGAAGCGGAGUCGGUUGUAAAAUACUUCUUGCCAGCGGUGGCUGUUAUCUUUCUGAGACGUAAGACUUGGAAGACAGAAUUUUGAAAUGUGCUUUAUGCACUUAUCAGGACAUUUAAAUUAACAUAAAAGCUCUUUUUAAAAAAAA